AAUGGAGACACUGGCCGCCGCCAUUGCUUCGAUUCUGCUCUCCUUCCUUCUGAUUCCGCCUUCCGCCGCCGCUUCUCGCAAGCUCCGCCCUCAAGACCGCCGGAAUCUCCUCGCCAAUGCUCUCGCCUCCACUCCUCCCAUGGGAUGGAACAGUUGGAAUCACUUCCGGUGCGGCAUUAGCGAGACCAUCGUCAAGCAAAACGCUCAUCUUCUUGUUUCCACUGGCCUCUCCAAGCUUGGAUACGUCUACGUUAACAUUGGAAUUAAAUCCCUAGCAGAUUACGUUCAUAACAAGGGCUUAAAGCUUGGAAUUUACUCUGAUUCCGGCACAUUUACCUGCAGUAAAACCAUGCCCGGUUCACUAUACCACGAAGAACAAGACGCCAAAACCUUCGCCAACUGGGGAGUUGACUAUUUAAAGUAUGAUAACUGUAACAACGACAACAUUAAGCCAACGGAGAGGUGGGCAUUAUGUGGCGACAUGCAUCCUGCCAUGUGGGGUGCUGACGUGGCAAACAGUUGGAGAACCACCAGUGACAUCGAGGACAAUUGGGACAGAGCCGACUUGAACGAUGCCUUUGCAGAGUAUGCAAGGCCUGGUGGUUGGAAUGAUCCUGACAUGCUUGAAGUUGGAAAUGGAGGGAUGACUAAGGAAGAGUACAGAGUCCACUUCAGCAUAUGGGCCAUUUCUAAGGCUCCACUUCUCUUGGGUAAUGAUCUGAGGGAGAUUUCCGAGGACCCAAUGGAAAUAAUUGGGAAUUCUGAGGUUAUUUCUGUAAAUCAAGAUCCUCUGGGUGUCCAAGCUAAGAAGGUUAGAAGCGGACACGAAAAAAAAAUGGAACAGGUUUGGGCUGGGCCUUUAUCUGGAUACAGAGUGGCGGUUCUGUUGGUGAACAGAAGGAAAUGGAGGAUGGCAGGUAGGGCCUAUUGGGACGACAUCGGCAUUCCUAACGACACUGUCGUUCAGGCGAGAGAUCUCCUAUUAUAG